AUGCAUUUCUCACAAAAAAACACUGCAGCUACCAAGAAAUCUUCAGAAAUAAUAAUAUUCACUUUGGCCGUCUUUUUCAUCAUCUUUUUUUCUCAUGUUGAACAAGUUUCAGCCCACGGUCGUAUGAUUCAACCACCAAUUAGAAUCAAGGCAGGUGACGAAAAUCAAGGGUUCACAAUAACCAACGGUCCAACAAAAGAAGAACCAUGCGCGGGUAAUCUAGCUGGACCCGUAAAAUCCAAAUUUAAAUCUGGGGAAACCAUUCCAAUACAAUGGAAAAUCACUGCAGCUCAUCGUGGCACAUGCACUGUCCAACUUUCCGUAACCGGGCAAGAUACCGAUUUCAAGGAUUUAAAGAAGUUUGAUAAUUGUGCUGAUGCAACUGGUGAUUUCUCUGACACAGUUGCCUUACCAAAAGGUGUAUCGUGUGACAAGUGUACAUUGCGUUGGAAAUGGGAUGCUGAGCUUACCAAGGAAUUGUACUUGAAUUGCGCUGAUAUUAGUAUUGGUAAAGGUAGUAGUAAUAAAGUGAAACGUAAUGACGUACCUAAAAUUCACAAUAAAAAAAGAGUUGUUAAAAAAACAAAAAGAAAAUUUUGUGGUCUUAUCAUGUUUGAUGUGCCUAUAAUAUCAAUGAAAUCAAAAAAUAACAACGAUGAUCUUGCUAAUAAUAAUAGUAAUAAUAAUAAUAAUACAAGAGAUAUAAAUCCAUCAUCCUAUGAAUCUUUGAAUAAUAUCAGCGGUCCUCCAAUAAAUCAUCAUAAUCCAAUAUUUAUACAACAUAAUAAUAAUAAUAACAAUUCAGAUUUCUCCACAACAUCACAAGCACUGGCAGCCGCUAAACAACCUGCAAUAAUUGCUGCUCAAAGACAUCUAACUAAUGCUGAAGUUUCACGUCAAAUUUCUGAUAUGUGGAGAAAUGAAACUGAAGAAGUCAGAUUAAAUUGGGAGAGAUAUGCAGAUAGAAAAAAGCUCGAGCACAUGCAGAUUUAUCCAAAUUACGUUUAUCGUCCCAACAAGAACAAAUCAAAAGUUGAUAAACGUCGUCAACGUAGACAAACUUCAAUGUCCUCCGCAAAAGAAUUGGCCAGCAUCGAAUCAUCUUCUUCUUUAGUCAAUACCAAUGAUGAUAAUAAUAAAUCUAAUGUAGAAACUAAUGUUAAUAGUGGUAGCACUGGGCCCAUGCGUAGAAAAUCAAAAAAUAACAAGGUUCCUAUUAAAGUAGAAAUAAAUUCACAAAUGACCUAUGAUAUUAUUAAUGGAUACAAUAUGCAAUCACGACAAUUUAGUGAUUCCUCUUCAUCCAAUAACAAUUAUGCUUCAUCUACACCUACUCCCACCACCGCCACACCUACAACUGCCUCCGCAAUACUUCCAAGUCCUUUGUUAGCAAGCCAAUAUACUGAUGUCCACAAUCAUCAUCAACAGCAACAAGAAUUCGUUCCAUCACAAAACGCCUCCACUCACACCACACCUUUAACACCUAUAACACCUCCAAGACAACAAGCUAUUAUUUGUAAUAACGAAUUUAAAUUUCGUCAACAACCACAGCAGCUUCAACCACAGCAUGAUCUAAAUGGAGUUCUUGGUAAUCAUCAUUCAUUUACUGAUAUGCUCGCGGGACUCGAGUUUCAAAAUCAUUAUUUGACUAACGGUUCUGUGAAUCAUGGUAAUAAUGGUCUUGCUGCAAAUCAACAACAAUAUCUUCAUUAA